AUGCCUUUCGGCGACUGGUCUGCAACCGUCGAGCCCAAGGUUCUGGGGACUUGGAACCUGCACGAGGUCCUCGAGGAGGACUCGCAGAGAGACGUCGAGUUCUUCCUGCUGUUCAGCAGCUACAGCGGGCUGGUCGGACACUGGGGCCAGUCCAACUACGCGGCGGCGAACACGUUCCUCGACGCCUUCACGCAGUACCGCAUCUCCAAGGGGCUCCCCAGCGCCACCGUCGACGUCGGCAUCAUGGAGGACAUCGGGUACGUCAGCCGCAACGUCAACGUGCUCGGCCACUUCCACAAGACCUCCACCCACGCGGCCAAGGUCUCGGGCAUAUCCGGCGGCUUCGUCAACAAGCUACAGAUCGGCCUGGGUGUCCGGUCGACCCAGCCGCUCGACGUGCCGGAGAACCGCACGGUCUGGAAGAACGACGUCUGGAUGGCCGCGUACCGCAACACGGAGGCCGGGGAGGGCGGCGCCGCCGGCAAAAGCACCGGCAACAGCGGGUUGGAGGAGUUCCUGGCCAGCACGGCGCGCGAUCCGGCCGUCCUCGACGCGGACGCGACGGCGGACUUCCUGGCGCGCGAGGUGGACCGUACCCUGUACGGGUUCAUGCUCCGCGACACGGGCGACGAGGAUAUCGCCGCGCUGGACGUGUCACAGUCGCUCAAGGACAUCGGCGUCGACUCGCUGGUGGGCAUCGAGCUGCGCAACUGGUUCCGCCAGGCGCUGUCGCUCGAGGUCAUGGUGCUGCAGAUGAUGGAGGCGCCGAGUCUGCUGGCCUUGGGCGCCCGCAUGACGCAGAUGCUGAGGGAGAAGUUUACGGGACACGCCGAGGCAAACCAGGAGUACCUGGCGACAAAGAUGCCAUAG